AUGAGGCUGGCUUUUGUCCUGCCCCUGCCGCUACCGGUGCUGCCACUGCUGCUACCGCUCCUGCUGCACUUGUGCCAAGCGUUCAACUGGAAGAACCUGCACAAUGUACACGUGACUACCAGGGAGUGUGCCCUCUCCCUGAUUGCCCUGGCCGAGGAAGCGGAAAGGAUUCGAUUGGGUAAAAGGAACGACGAGCGGAUGGCCCAAAUUGUGGAAGAAAUGAAGAAGGAGAGGCAGACGUUGCAAAAAUUGUACUUUUCAAUUCGUCACUUGUUUUCUUCGCUGGGAUUAACCUUUACGAAGGAGCUGUACCUGUUUGGGGGGGAUGGAGAGAAGGCCAAACAAGGGGCAAAAAAACAGGAGGACAACCCAAGCGGAAAGCGCUUCACCGAUGAGCAGCACCUACGAGGUGUAAAAACAGAGAGGGACCUGAAGGCCCUCCUUGGGGAAAUGAUCAGCUACUACAAAAAGGAGUUCAUUCAGAGGAAGGCAGCCACAAGUUGCUCCUACAUCAACCGGAAGAACUCCCUGCGUAAGCAAAUUGAAAUCGUUAGAUACACCCACAGCUACGUAGCGACAAAGCUGUAUUAUCGAGAGUAUGCCAAAUAUUUCCAGCGGUUUUUGGGAAGCGGAAGGGGCAUGGCCAGCGUCCUCUCUAAUCCUGCCUUGGACAUCAAGGAGGGGGUCUAUUCGGGUGUCUACGCCAACUACGGCGGGGUGAUAGCGGGUGAGCCGAAAGACGGGCCAAAGGGAAAGCCGCGAGACGGUUCAACGGAUGAGUCACAAAACGGGCCGAGGGGCAGACCGCCAACCUGCAGCGACGACUACAAAAGCAUUUCCGGAGAACAAUGCACUCGGCAGUUUGCCCAAAGCGUAAAAACCAUGCUGCACAAUUUUGAGACGUCGCUGCAAAGCUACAUUCACAGCUCCGUGGUGGAAAUGAAAAAACAAAUGAUACAGGUGGAAGAGCAGCAGGAGGGGGAAAACUACUGCAGAGAUAUGGAGGAAGAACUGAAGGACAAAAGCUACGACAAAAUAUCGAUGGCGGAAAUUGAGCGGUUUGAGCAGUUAUCAAAAAAUUACCUGCACAAGGAUCUGGACGCGUUAGUACAAAGGGAGAAGAAAAAAAUGUACCGAAGGAGGAACUUCUUCGAGAGGUAUUUUUUUUUCAUCAUCGAGAGGAUGCUGCAGGUUCGGCGCGGCGUGGAGGCGGCGCUGGGGGCGCUUUCGAGGGAGCCGGCCACCGCGCCAAGCGAACCGCUAACAGCGGCAAAGGGACCGCUAAGCAGGGGCCCGCCCAUCAAGCGCACCUUUCAACUGCUCGACGAGUACAUCAGCAUGUACUCCUUCGCGUAUGAGCACCUGAAGGACUACCACCUAAACGUGCGGGACCUUUUCUCGCUGGAUUAUAUUAGAGAAAACUCCAAAGACAACAGGGCCUACAUAGCCGAGAGAAUUGCUCAAAAAAUGGACGCCCUAAAUGGCUCCUUUUUGAAGUACAAAAAUGUGAAGAAUAGAUACGAGCAGUGUGUGGAGAAGGGCAUACGGAGGAGCACCUCGAUGGGCACCCUUAAAAAGGGAGAGUCAGUCUCAGGAGGGGGAAAGAACGUUCAGGGGAGGGAAUUCCCAGAAUUGUGGGCAUCCACGUGGGAAAGAAGCAGCCACUCCUUUUUAAGCGAAGAAGAUAAAGGGAAGAAAGACAAGCUGAAUGGUGAGCUAAUCGAACGGGAGGAUGAGUACCUAAGAAGACUGCAAAAUGUGGUGAAGCUUCUAAGUAGGUACAAAAAAUUGAAAAAUAAGAAGGUAAAAAUAAGGCACAUUGUAAAUAUAGGCAAAGUGGAGAUGCAUCCCAUUUUGUUUAAUCUCAAGUUGAGGAAAGAUCAAAUGGUGGGAUUCUACCGAAGCAUUCUUCAUUUUGGAAAAAUAUUUGUUGCAAAAAGGAUUGUACUUACUCUGAAAAUGAAGCUAGCUUUUUUGGGUAGAGUCACUCCAUCUGCCUUUCUCCUUAGCAACCGUUUUUUGCUUCUCCUCUAUGAGACCCACCUGGGACAUCUGCAGAGUAGUUACAAAAUUGGGGUGAACAAAAACUUCUGCCACGAUUUGACGCUUGAAAAUUUGGACGGCGUGAUGAAGCAGGGGGACCUUCCUCACCUCCUCCUCAAGUACGUGAUUUACAUGUUCGGCCUCAAUUCCGCCUAUAUGAGUGAGCACCUUGGGGGGGACCUUGGCCCCGCAGUAGGUAGUAGCGACUACAUUGGGGGGAGCAACGCCGCCAAUGGGGAUGCAAACUUUGGUGAGGAUGACCCCCCUUGGGGCGCACAUAACCUGCGCGUGGUGUACGAGCUGGCCAGAAACUUCACCAAAAGGCCACUCAUCCACGCAGCAGAUUUUUUCCAAUCCGGAAGGACAUCCCCAAACGGGGAGAGCAACACACACGAUGAGCAGGUAGAAAACGCCUUUAGACAAAUGCACUCCUACUUCUCCAGCAUAUUCAACAGUGAUGAAAUUUCUGGGCACAUUUUGAAACAAUUCGAGAGCUGGGAGGAGCGCAGCUCCUCUGGCUGUUAUGAGGGGCACUCCUGUUCUAUGGAGAUUCCCGUCUACUCCAAGGAUGUGAUAAGGAAGUCCAUUUUUUACAACCUACACGGGAUGGGAGAUGAAUUCGACGUGCUGAGCGAGGCGACUGUGUCUUCCGUUAGCUCCUGCGCCACUUCCGCAUACUCUUACGUUUCUUCCGCGUACUCUUACGUUUCCUCCCCGUAUCCCUACGCCACUUCUCCCCCCCUGAAAUUUCCAUCCCACCUGCUAACCAACGCGAUCAUCACGAACUCGCUCUCCGAGGCCUACAAAUACAUGCUAUACAAAACGCAGCAAAGCCAAGCGUUCAAAUUGUACUCCAGAUCCAAGGGCACCAACAUAACCCUCCUGGAGACCGUUUUUCUUCAACUCAUUUUGAAUUUCGGGAUGGCUCCUUACAAUAAGUUGAAGGGCACCAUGGUGAGCCGCUUCUGUAGGAAGAAGGGGAGGGUACAGGAGGAUGAAACUUCCAGUAAGACUCUCGUGGGAUCAUUUCAAUACGGGAAAAGAAAAAGGAACUUUGACUUCAUUCCACACAUCCGCUAUGUGCCAAAAGGAGAGCAGCUGCAAGCGGGGUUGGCCAUUUCCUGCUCGGAGAUGAAGCAAAUCGAUGGAAAUGCUUCACAUAAGAAGACGCCUACCAAAUGGUGGAACACGAAAAGGGGGAGCAAUUAUUCCCCUCCGAAUAACAGUACCUCAAGUCACAGGAUGCACCACCUAGGCACCUGCGAAUUGCUAAACGGAGACAAACAAAAGAUGACAUCCUUUGAAGUGCAACACGUGGAAUAUAUCCCUAACGGAAUGGCAUUCUUCGCCCCGGUGGUAGAAAGGCAAAACGUCAUGUCGGACUAUGAGUUGUAUGGCCUUUUUUUUCAGGGCGCGCGAUGGGGGGAGGAGGAGCAGCAGCAGGAGCAGGAGCAGCAGGAGCAGCAGCAGCAGAAGAAGAGGAACUCCCCUGAGGAGGGGCAGACGGAGCAGAAGAGGGAGAACACGAAGGAGGACAUCUACUGCAGCGAGGAAAAACUGGCAUAUUUCUUCAUCGGGGAGUCUGUCGUUUACCCUAGCGAAGCGGAGGAUGUGGAGGAGCCACUGAUCGGACCCAUACUCUCCAAAAGUGCAGCUAGCCAAAGGGAAAUCCUCUUCGAAAGAGAAUCCAUGGAGCAGUACAACAUGAUUCUAAAUUGGCUGUACCGUUCCCAGGAGAAGAAAAACUGGAACCGCGAAAAGGUGAGAAAAAUAGAGAGGGAAAUUUCUGUCCUACGCGGGAGGGCCAAACUGUACGAAGAAAAUAUUUCCCACGUGAGGGGUAAAAUGGCACAGAUGAGGCGUCCACCUGGUGAAGGGAGCGAUCUGCAAAGGGAGUACCAACGGGAGGUUUCCAAUGCCGCACGGGAGAAGUACAACUCGUUGAUGGAAAUCUAUGAAGACACCGUGGAGCUGUUCCGAGAAAGCGAAAGGAACCUGACCAAGGUGAAGAAGCAAAACGAAAGGGAAGGCGAAAAGGUAGACGCAGAAGAGGAAGAAGAACCCGGCGUGGACUACUACGGGCUAAGGAAGUACGCCCUUCUGAGAAAACACCAAGUGGAGGACCUCAACAUGUACACCACCUACCACGAGCAAAUUAUGAAGUACUUCCAGAAGCAAAACAGAUGCUGUGAUGCGUACAUAAAGGAGAUGACCAUCCAUCUGCAGUUUUUCCCUCAAGUGUGUUGCCCCAGAGAAGGGGAGAGACAAAACGAGGAGAUGCUCAAAUACAUAUACAUCAGCAUCACCGAUUUGGUGACCGAUUUCGUAAGAUGCGAAAAUAAUACCAACCGGCUGCUCACUCAUCUUAAGAAAGUAAAAGACACCCUACACACAAUCAACACUGUUAAUGCGAAUUUGCACAAAAAGAAAAGGACCUUCCACCUCAGCACCAAAUAUUUUUAUAGGGAAAAAAAAGAGGAGAAUAUUUAUUUCUUCACAGAUAAAGUGGAAAAUGUAAAGACCUACAAAAUUUACAGACAACUUAUAGACAGUGUAAAUGAAGACCUACUGUUUAUCACCCACAUCAUGGGGAAAAAACUGGAGGAGAGGAAAGAGGUUCUACAACAAGUGGAAGAGAAGGUGCCUACCCUGUUGGACAUAAAACGGAUUCUCUAUGCAGACAAGGAGGUGGCGUCCAUUCAUGUUGAAACGUUAUGUGCAAACUUCUCUCAUGAAAAUAUGAUAAACUACGAUAAGGUGAAAAUAUUGGGGAAAAAUUUUAAGAAGAAAAUCGGCAUGUAUAAAAAUGUCUUGAAGAACAUCAGGUACUCCUUUGAAAACGAACCGCAAGUCAGCAACGAUAACUUGGCACUGUUUUACAACUUUGUGGAGUAUGACAGUGAGGUGGAUACGGACGCGAUGCAGUUUGCGGAUGCCCUGUUGGCAUAUAACGAAGGGGGGGUUGAGGUGCCCGAUCGAGGGGAAGACGCGAAGAACGCGGGGGGGAGGCCCCUGACGAUGUACCAGGAGAUCUGGAGGAAAUUGAACGCGCCCAAGGGGGGGGGUGAGAAGCGCGCCAAGGAAAGGCAUGACGAUGGAGGUGAUGACCCAGGAGAUGACCAAGAAGGUGACAGCGAUAGGGACCUUUACGCCGACUGGGAUGAGGAGGACUGGGAAGAAGAUAGCCUGAAGGCCGCAGCGGACCGUGUGGAAAAGAACUGCAGAAAUAGGAAGUGCCCACUCAACUCCUUCUGCUUCAUUCAAACGAUUAAUGAAGAGUGCCUGUGCCUCCUUAACUACAGCAUGGUGGGGGAGAAGUGCAUUUUAAACGAACAGAAUUCUUGCGCGGUGAAAAACGGGGGGUGCGAUUUGAAGGCAACGUGCGAGUUGAAAAAAAAUCGCGUAAAUUGCAUUUGCCCCAAGGGCACGAAACCCAUGCACGAGGGGGUCGUGUGCAGCUUUUCUUUCGCCUCUACACUUUCGCAGGUGCUCCUUUUGUUCGCCAUCCUGGCGUUCGUCACUGCGUAG